AUGGCUUUUACAAGUUCAUUCUCGCUGGAUACCGCAGCUCUAAUAUCGACGGCGCUGGAAGGCAUUUUAUACGGUUUUUCGGUCCUCAUGUUUAUUGGCACCAUGUGGUCAAUGUCCUACAAACGUUCCGUACGAGAUUUCAAUCGCCCAGUCAUUGCCGCAGCCGUCCUGCUGUCGGUAUUGAGUACUGCGCACAUAGUCUUAAGCAUUAUUCGGAUCGAAUACGGAUUUGUGACGUACCAAGGUGUGCCAGCGGCGUACUUCGCAGAUGUUUCUCAAGAAACAUACGUGAUCAAGAAUUCAAUAUACGUUCUGCAAACUCUGCUUGGUGAUGCGGUGGUGAUUUAUCGUUGUUACGUCGUCUGGCAAGCUGCCUGGGUCAUCAUUCUACCAAGCUUGCUGUGGUGCGGCGUCGCAGUCACUGGUGCUCUCUCAGUUUACGGCGAUUCCCAAACCAGCAGUACCGGAAUCAUUUCUACCACAGUGAAUGUGGAAUGCAUGGGAGUGUUCUGUGUCCUGACACUUCUAGCAAAUUUGUCAAGUUCGGGAUUACUCGCGUAUCGCAUCUGGAAAAUCGAGCGCAAUGUCUCUUCCUCUCGCACUUCAAAGGUCACGACCACGCGUAUAAUACGCGUAAUAAUGGAUUCUACUAUCUUGUACACCAUAGCGCUCCUCGCUACAGUAACUGGAGCCCUCUGCUCGGGCAGUGGACCGUUUACUGUGAUAGACACGCUCACGCCGGUCAUCUCAAUUGCUUUCUACAUGGUAAUAAUUCGAAUCGCGAUUGGUCAAAACACUCACAGUCAGGUCUUGACUUCCCGUGGGGCGAUGACCAGUGAAACGAGCCUUUCGCAAUAUUAUGUGGAGCCUCUGCAGGUCAACAUACCCCGCUCCACGCACACCGACAGUACCCGGGUGUACGGGACUUCAAGUUGGAACCAGAGCCGACCUGCCCGUGAGGCGAUUACCAGUGAAACGGAACGAUGGAGCCUUCCGCAAUAUUCUGUGGAGCCUCUGCAGGUCAACACACCCCGCUCCACGCACACCGACAGUACCCGUGUGUACGGGACUUCAAGUUGGAACCAGAGCCGACCACCGACAGGCAAGGAGUAUUUGGAUGCAGACAUCUUGUAA